GUUUGAAAUGAACUUAAGAUUAUAAAGACAUAACAGCGAUUGAGUCAAGACAUGAAAUUCGUAUAAGACAUGCUAUUACAGGACUUGAACCACGACGUCAUUGUUCACAUCUGCUCAUUUCUUGGUUUCAAGGACAGAAUCAGCUUUGCACUGACCUGCAGAAAGGUGAAGGAUGCCGCCUACGAAAAGACGCUAUGGAAGCACACCGUGGUCUAUUUGUCUCUUCCAACCACCAGCAGUGGUUGGCCAAGAUUGUAUUCCAGCCUGGAGGAAAGAGGAAUUAGUUUGCUGGUGUUUCGCGUUCAGCAUUACGCCGCCUUUGAUACUCACCUGCCUCUGAUGGCUAAACAUUGGCCAAGGCUCUCCGUAAUCUGGGACGACUCAGCUCCUGGCACGCCAGGGGAGCCCGGAAACUCUACAUUUGUACAGCAGCUUACGGUUCAGCUUGCGAGUGUCAAGACUCUUAAGUUGUCCUCCAUUGGCUUUAGGCUUAUUCAACUGAUUUCUAACGUGAUGCCUUUGUUGGAGCAUUUGGACGUUUCUCAGAGUCAUUUUGAUGAUAAGUGUUCCAGGUAUUUGAUCGAUCUCUUGCCAAAAUUACGAAGCCUAAACCUCUCAAACACUCACAUAACUGACCGUGGAGUCGGCCUAUUUUGCGGGUAUACCCUCCGAAUGAUUUUCUUCCAUUGGUUACCCACCCUGCCUUUGCUGUCCAAGCUUGAAGUCCUUGACCUCUCCCAAUGCAGGAGCACAACACGCUUUCACUGGUUUUUCCUUCAAAGACUGCCAAAUCUGAACACCAUAGUCACUUGCGAAGGUCACUUGUCAGAAAAGCCAGAUUUUGCUAGCAUCGCCAAGAUCCGGUCUCUGCGUUGUUUGGUCGUAAAGGGACACAAACAACCAGGACGCUUUCUUCGCGGGUUGUCUUUGAGUGAGUGCAGACUGCAGUGCUUGUAUUUUGGGCUUUGCGACUUCAUAGACAUUGAGAUGCUGUACUUUAUUCAUGGAUUCAAAGACCUGAUCUACCUAAAAAUCCAGUCCGUGAAAUUGACUGACGAUGGCAUAGAAUUUAUAAGCAAGUUCCUUCCUCAGCUGCUUGUUUUGGACAUUACUGGCUGCGUGAGGAUCACCAAAUACGCCCUAGUGCACAUCAGGUCCAACUUACGGAACCUCAAAUUUCUUCGAGUGUUGAGAAUCCCUAAACUAAAGCGAUCUCAUCUUGCCUGGCUCCCAUCAGAGUGCUGUGUCCACUCAAACUUUGGAUACAGCAGAAAUAAGAUUGACCUUGACAUGAUUAGCAAUCACCCAAGAAAGUCAAUCUGGCUUCGUAAAGUUUUUAAUGACUUUUGAUAGAGUUAAUUCCCUUGCAAGUCUAAAUGUUUUAUAGUUAGUUUUAUAUUGUGAGCCUAGGAUUGCAAUGCAUUAUUGUUAAUCAUUGUAUGAGGGUUUUUUUUCUAACAUUGGUAGGGUUAACUCUAGUCGUAAGUGUUGUCUUUUGUUUAUUGUAACUGUUGAUUAUAGGUUAUCGUUUAAUUAAAAGAGCUGCAUAUACUUAAUGUGAGCUAUGUAAUGUAAAAAUAUGUAGGCGUCAGUUAUGGUUAAUAGGGCAGGUGCAUGAUUUCAUGUUUGAGUUAUUGUCUUUAUAUCAAGUUGUUAUCUGUCUAUAGAAAACAAUUUCUUUCUGCAAGAGUUAUAUUUCUAUAACAAGUAUUUUGCAAAAGUUAUGGUUUAUGACGUUGUAGGUUUCAUCAAAGUGAAAUCAAUUUCAUCAAUAGUGACAUAGGCCUAAUAGUCUUAUGAAGAGUUAUGACUAGUGACAUAGGCCUAAUAGUUUUAGUAAGAGCUACCUUUUAUGUAGUCAUUCACCACAAUAGUUAUGACUUAUGGAGUUGUAGCUUAUAGUGAGAGUUAUUUUAUGAAUUGGUAUCUUUUAGCAAGAGUUAUGGUUUAUGACGUGAUAAUUUUUAGCAAAAGUUAUUGUUACAUCUUAGUAGGUUAUUUUAGCAAAUGUUAUGGAUUAUGGCGAGUAGUUUUUAACAAGGGCUAUGGUGUAGGCCUACACGUUAUUAGCCAGAGUUACAAUUUAUGGCAUAGUAGUUUUGUAGCAAGAGUUAUGUUUUAUGGCAAAGUAGUUUGUAGCAAGAGUUAUGUUUUUAUGGCAUAGUAGUUUUGUAGCGAGAGUUAUGUUUUAUGGCAAAGUAAUUUGUAGCAAGAGUUAUGUUUUAUGGUAUAGUAGUUUUGUAGCAAGAGUUAUGGUUUAUGGCAUAUUAGUUUUGUAGCAAGAGUUAUGUUUUAUGGCAAAGUAGUUUGUAGCAAGAGUUAUGUUUUAUUGCAUAGUAGUUUUGUAGUAAGAGUUAUGUUUAAUGAUAUAUUAGUUAUGUAGCAAGAGUUAUGUUUUAUGGCAUAAUAGUUUGUAGCAAGAGUUAUGUUUUAUGGCAUAAUAGUUUGUAGCUAGAGUUAUGUUUCAUGGCAUUUUAGUUUGUAGCGAGAGUUAUGUCUUAUGGUAUAGUGGUUUGUAGCAAGAGUUAUGUUUUAUGGCAAAGUAGUUUGUAGCAAGAGUUAUGUUUUAUGAUAUAUGGUAUAGUAGUUUUGUAGCAAGAGUUAUGUUUUAUUGCAUAGUAGUUUGUAGCAAGAGUUAUGUUUUAUGGCAUAACAGUUUGUAGCAAGAGUUAUGUUUUAUGGUAUAGUAGUUUGUAGCAAGAGUUAUGUUUUAUGGCACAAUAGUAUGUAGCAAGAGUUAUGUUUCAUGGCAUUUUAGUUUGUAGCGAGAGUUAUGUUUUAUGGUAUAGUGGUUUGUAGCAAGAGUUUUGUUUUAUGGUAUAGUAGAUUUUAGCAAGAGUUAUGUUUUAUGGUAUAGUAGUUUGUAGCAAGAGUUAUUUUUUAUGGUUUAGUAGUUUGUAGCAAGAGUUAUGUUUUAUUGCAUAGUAGUUUGUAGCAAGAGUUUUGUUUAAUGGUAUAGUAGUUUUUUGGCAAGAGUUAUGUUUUAUGGUAUAGUAGUUUUUUGGCAAGAGUUAUGUUUUAUGGUAUAGUAGUUUGUAGCAAGAGUUAUGUUUAUGGUAUAGUAGUUUGUAGCAAGAGUUGUGUCUUAUGGCAUAGUAGUUUGUAGCAAGAGUUAUGUUUUAUGAUAUAUGGUAUAGUAGUUUUGUAGCAAGAGUUAUGUUUUAUUGCAUAGUAGUUUGUAGCCAGAGUUAUGUUUUAUGGCAUAAUAGUUUGUAGCAAGAGUUAUGUUUUAUGGUAUAGUAGUUUGUAGCAAGAGUUAUGUUUUAUGGCACAAUAGUAUGUAGAAAGAGUUAUGUUUCAUGGCAUUUUAGUUUGUAGCGAGAGUUAUGUUUUAUGGUAAAGUUGUUUGUAGCAAGAGUUAUGUUUCAUGGCAUAGUAGUUUGUAGAAAGAGUUAUGUUUUAUAGUAUAGUAGUUUUUGGCAAGAGUUAUGUUUUAUGUUAUAGUAGUUUGUAGCUAAAGUUAUGUUUUAUGGUAUUGUAGUUUGUAGCAAGAGUGUUGUUUGUUUUAUGGCAAAGUACAGUGUAGCAAGAGUUAUGUUUUAUGGCAUAGUAGAUUUUAGCAAGAGUUAUGUUUUAUGGUAUAGUAGUUUUGUGGUAAGAGUUAUGUUUUAUGGUAUAGUAAUUUGUAGCAAGAGUUACGUUUUAUGGUAUAGUUUGUAGCAAGAGUUAUGUUUUAUGGUUUAGUAGUUUGUAGCAAGAGUUAUGUUUUAUUGCAUAGUAGUUUUUAAUGGUAUUAUAGUUUUUUUGGCAAGAGAUAUGUUUUAUGGUAUAGUUUGUAGCAAGAGUUAUGUUUAUGGUAUUGUAGUUUGUAGCAAGAGUUGUGUUUUAUGGCAUAGUAUUUUUUUUAGCUAGAAUAUUAUUAUUCUAAUUUAAAAAAAAAAGGUUUUCAAUUAAGUAGCAAAAAUUUGCUAAUUAUUUUUUAGAUGAUGUAAGUAAUAUUUUUAACAAAUGCAAUUUUACGAAAUGGUUAUUAUCAAAUUUUAAUCACUAUUGUAAAGAGAAGGAAAAAUAAAUUUUUAACUAAUGAGUCUACGUACGUUUAUGUUUUGUGUAUGUGUGUGUGUGCAAUGAAUGUAAUUUGAAAAAAUAAAGUUCACUUUCUAUAGUUUGUUAUUUUAUUUAUUAAUUUUAACGAGGAUGUCACGUGGAAAGCACGAUCUCAUUUGCAUUGACUUUCCUAAAGAUUGCCAGGUGCUCAAGAAAACGUGGGGGAAUUCAGUUACAAUUAUCUAUUGUAGGCAUUCAAAAUAUAACCGGGAAUUGAAUUUUAGACAUUUCAGCUUGGGAAUUGUAUAAAUGGUUGAAGGUUUCUGUUUGUGAACACCUAUUAAGAAAAGUAAACACCCUAUAACUGUAGAACAUUUAAAUACAGUACCAAUGAUGUAUCCUAAAUAGUGGAAAGUUCGUUCAAACUAAAAUAAAAAAAAAAAGAAUUACAAAAUAAAGGGACAUUAGAAGUUCUCGGUAAGGGGGGAGAACUCUUUAAUGUUCCUCACAUUGUUGACACUUUGUAUUUAAAGUGAUUCAGACAUGGACAGCUUGAA